AUGUCAAACCACAAUAAAAAUUCAAGCCGAUUCAGUCAACUGCGAAGUAUCUAUAAAUACUACAUCGACCAAUAUAUUGCGUUGUAUCAGUUGAAAACGGAAAACGAUGAAGAAUUAAACAAGAUUUACAAAAUGAUCAAAACAGAACUGAUUGAUUCAAAGAAACAUCGCCCAGAACUUAUUGUAAGAGACAUUUUAAAUAUCAUCCGGUUCAAUAAUCGCUAUAUAAAGUCAUAUUUAUCUCUUGCCAAACUCAUAUCUGAUGAUUAUCAUGUGGGAGAGGUCUCAAAUGCUCAUAUUAUUUCAAUCUUCCUGUUUUACAAAGAAUAUGGAAUUAAAUUAGACAAAUCUUAUGAUUUUGAAACAAUUAACUCAGAAAAUUUGGAAAUUCAUUCAGAAGAUACAAUUUACAGAGCGAUUAUGUAUAAUGACUUACAAUCAUUCAUCUCAUUCACUGAACGAGAAGGAUUUGAUAAAGAUCAGAAGCUCAAGAGCAAUUUAUAUCCUAUUUCUUACAAAGGAUAUUCAUUACUUGAAUUAUGUUGUUACCACGGAGCAGUUGAUUGUUUCAAGUUUUUACAAUCCAAAUUUCACCCAGAAAUAACUCCAAAAUGCCUCAAAUUUUCAUUUUUGGGAAGAAACAAAGAGAUCAUGAGUGAAUGUUUGAAGUAUCAAACACCAAAUGAAAAAUGCAUGCAAUAUGCAAUUAUUUCACACAACAUUGAUUUUGUUACAUUUUUGAUGAAUGAAUAUGAUUUAGAGAUUGAUUUAUAUUAUUGCGGAAUUUUCAAAAAUCUCGAUUCAUUUUUAGUUUAUUUCGAUCAAACAAAUGAUGCUAACAAGUGUCUUGCUUACUCAGGAAUGCUUGGAAUCCAAUCACUUGCGGAAUAUUUCCUUUCACAUGGUGCAAAAAUUAAUAAUAAAGAUGAAGAUGGAAAAACCGUUCUUCAUUAUGCAGCAGAAUAUAAUAUUAAUGAAAUAGCUGAUCUUCUUCUUUCACAUGGUGCAAAAAUUAAUGAAAGAGAUAACGAUGGACUAACAACUCUUCAUUAUGCAGCAAAAUAUAAUAGUGAAGAAUUCGCCCAACUUCUUUUUUCACGAGGUGCAAAAAUCAAUGAUAAAGAUAAAGACGGAAACACACCUCUUCAUUGGACAACAUAUCUUUCUAGUAAAGAAAUAGCAGAACUUCUUAUUUCACAUGGUGCAAAUAUCAAUGAAAAAGAUAAUAAAGGUCAAACCACUCUUCAUAAAGCAGCACAUGAUAAUAGAAAAGAAAUCGCUGAACUCCUUCUUUCACAUGGAGCAAAAAUCAAUGAUAAAGAUAAAGACGGAAACACGCCUCUUCAUUGGAAAACAUAUUUUUCUAGUAUAGAAACAGCAGAACUUCUUAUUUCACAUGGUGCAAAUAUCAAUGAAAAAGAUAAUAAAGGUCAAACCACUCUUCAUAAAGCAGCACAUGAUAAUAGAAAAGAAAUCGCUGAACUCCUUCUUUCACAUGGAGCAAAAAUCAAUGAUAAAGAUAAAGACGGAAACACGCCUCUUCAUUGGAAAACAUAUUUUUCUAGUAUAGAAACAGCAGAACUUCUUAUUUCACAUGGUGCAAAUAUCAAUGAAAAAGAUAAUAAGGGCCAAACCACUCUUCAUAAAGCAGCAUAUGAUGAUCGUAAAGAAAUCGCUGAACUCCUUCUUUCACAUGGAGCAAAAAUCAAUGAUAAAGAUGAAGAUGGAUAUACCACUCUUCAUAAUGCAACAUGGAAAAAUAAUAAAGAAAUCGCUAAACUUCUUAUUUCACAUGGUGCAAAUAUCAAUGAAAAAGAUAAAUACGGAGAAACACCUCUUCAUGACGCAGCAAGAAAUAAUGGCCAAGAAACAACAGAGCUACUUAUUUCACAUGGUGCAAAUAUUAAUGAAAAAAAUAAUAAAGGCCAAACUGCUCUUCAUAUUGCAACAAUAUAUAAUAUAAAAGCAACAGUCGAACUUCUUAUUUCACAUGGUGCAAAUAUUAAUGAAAAAAAUAAUAAAGGCAACACCGCUCUUCAUAUUGCAGCCAGCAAAAAAUUUAUAGAAAUAGUUGAAUAUCUUCUUUCACAUGGUGCAAAUAUCAAGGAAAAGAAUAAAGAAGGGGAAACUGCCCACCAUAUUGCCGCAAACCGUACUUACCAAAAAGAAAUCGUCAAGCUUCUUCUUUCACAUGGGGCAAAUAUUAAUGAAAAAGACAAUUCUGGACGAACAGCUCUACACCAUGCAGCAGAAUAUAAUAGUGAUGAAGUAGCCAAAUUACUUAUUUCACAUGGAGUAAAUAUUAAUGAAAAAGAUAAAUUUGGAAAAACAGCUCUUCAUUAUGCAAAAGAAAAUAAUUAUUCAGCAAUGGCCAAACUUCUUAUUUCACGCGGUGCAAAUUAA